AAAAGAGAAAGGAAGCAUUUAGUUCACUCCGUUUUCAUUGGAAGAGAAAGUCGAACACAUUUAAGCGGAGAUUUUAUCCACAAGUUAGGCUCUUCUGUUUUUUUUCUGUAACCACAUAGAAGCACGACAAGUCUUUGACAAUGUCCUUCCACAAAGGUCCUUCCUACGGAUUAUCAGCGGAGGUGAAAAACCGGAUCGCACAGAAGUAUGACUCUCAGAAAGAAGAGGAGCUGAGGGCCUGGAUCGAAGAGAUUACCGGCGCUACCAUCGACCCUGACUUCCAGAAAGGCCUGAAGAGUGGAGUCAUUCUGUGCGAACUUAUCAACAAACUCGCCCCAAACUCUGUGAAAAAGAUCAACCAGUCAGCACUGAACUGGCAUCAGCUGGAGAACCUGACAAACUUCACCAAAGCCAUCACGGAGUUUGGCCUGAAGCCUCACGAUAUCUUUGAAGCCAAUGACCUGUUUGAGAACGGAAACAUGACACAGGUCCAGACGACGCUGCUCGCACUCGCCAGCAUGGCGAAGACCAGGGGCUGCCAGUCGGUAGACAUCGGGGUGAAGUAUGCUGACAAGGUGGAGAGGAUGUUUGACGAGGAGAAAAUGAAAGCAGGACAGUGCGUCAUUGGUCUACAGAUGGGAUCCAACACGGGUGCUAGUCAGGCAGGUAUGUGCGCAUACGGCACCAGGAGGCAUUUAUACGACCACAAAAAUAAUAUCCAGGCCCCCAUGGACAACACAACCAUCAGCCUGCAGAUGGGAACCAACAAGGGGGCGAGUCAGGCUGGGAUGACAGCUCCAGGGACAAGGCGUGCCAUCUACGACACAAAACUGAACACAGACAAGUGCGACAACAGCACCAUGUCCCUACAGAUGGGCUACACCCAGGGAGCCAGCCAGAAAGGACAGAACUUCGGCUUGGGCCGGCAGAUCUAUGACGCCAAGUACUGUCCAACAGCCAGAGAGGAGGUAGAGGAACAAAACGGGGCCGGCGUGGCUCGCGACUACAUCCCAGAUAACCAAGAUGAGGGUUACCAAGGCUACCAGGAAGAGGAGCAGGUGUACCAAGGGGAUGGGACUGAUUAUUAGGGCGGGAGGCUACUGAGGAAGGAAAAGGGAGGUCAUAUAACAGAGAGAGAAAACCUCACAGCAUGUGGUUUAUUUUUAUGUCCAUAGGAUGUUGCGCAAUCUUUUUUUGGGUCACAGCCUUUCUAGCAUUGUAUUAAGAUGUUUUCUUAGCCCUGUUUAUGGAAAACAAUGUUAAACAUAUCAUUGAUGAAAUGUAUUUCUGUGAUUUUUAAAAAUAUAUAUUUAAAGUGACCACAAAAGCCAAUCUUUUUGGCUGACUUAGUUUUAUCCCAGGGAUUUCUUUAAAUGUGCCAAAGCCCCAUUCUCUUUGUUCCCCCAGUGUUUUUGCUGACUCAUUAGUUUCAUUAUUAAGAUCCUUCAGAUAUUUUGUAAGGUCCAAACGAAACCAAGCAUGAAACAUUGGGGAGUGUUUUUAACCAGUUUUUAAUACUUUCUUGUUGAUCAAAACAUUCAUGUGUAUUGCAUCUGUGUCAGCUGUGUAAUUUGUCAUUUCUUUAAAUGAGACUGUGCAUUGUGUCUGUUACUUUACAGACAGUAUCUUCUCAAUUCCUUCAGUAUUUCUUAUUAACAUACGCAGUCUGUUUUAUUUAAGCAGACAAGGGAACAAAAUGGAUAUGUAGGUAGAUUUCCUUUUUAGAUCAAACCACUCUUUUAUAUUCUUUCUGUUCUCUCACUCGUUUCGCUUAUUUCAUUUUUAAUGGAGGAAAUAUUUCCUUUGUUUGUAUAACCAGUCCAACCGGCGUUCAGCUUGUUUUCUUUGGAUUCAGGCUGGUGGGGGAGGAUAAAAUAAUACUCCAGCGAAGUUUUCAACAUUCCAAGCAAAUAUACUGGACUUCUUUCUUUUUUCUUUUGGUCAGUGAGUUCUUAAAUAUUGAUUGAAAUGUGACCAAUCCUCCAAUUGUAUUAGAUCAUAUUUAUGCAUAUUUGUGAUUUAAAUGGGGUGUUUUGUACUCUGAAUAACAUUGGACUAUACUUUUUCUUCUGGAAUAUUCUUUUCAACAAUGGAAAAAGGACUUG